AUGGGCCCCCGCGGAGCCCCGCGCGCCGCCGGCUGCCUGCUGCUGUGCUGGGCUCUGGCGGCCGCCCCGCGCAGGACACCCUCGUUCGACGGGCACGUCGCGGAGAACCGGCCGGCGGGCACGCGGGUGCGCGGGCUCAGCAUCCCCCUGACGCGGCUGGGGCCCGAGCCCUGGUGCGCCAAGGUGCAGGGGCGCCGCUGGCACCUGCAGCUGCUGGGCGAGGGACACUCGCACUUCCAGGUGUCGCUGGACGCGCGCACGGCCCGCGUGUGGCUGCGCACCCGCCGCCCGCUGGACCGCGAGGCGCGGGCGCUGUACUCGCUCCGCCUGGGGCUGUGCUGCAAGCUCUGCGCGCCCCAGGGCGCCGCGCCCGCGGAGCUGGCCGCGCUCACCGUGCGCGUCCUGGACGACAACGACAACGCGCCGCGCUUCGUGGGCCCCGGCUCCGCGCAGCUCCGCGUGGAGGAGACGCUGGCGCUCAAGUCCCAGGUGUGGCAGGCGCGGGCGGAGGACGCGGACGCGGGCGCCAACGCGGAGCUGCGCUACUUCGCCCACCCGCGCAGCGCGCACUUCUUCGUGGUGCCGCGCAGCGGGCGCGUGGUGCUGGUGAGCUCCCUGCUCCACCUGCGCGCUCCCAUCCCGCUGCGCCUCUACGCGCGGGACCGCGGCCGGCCCGCGCUUCUCAGCGAGCCCCUGGAGCUGGAGGUGCUGCCGCAGCCCAAGCGCCUCCCGCCGCCGCCGCCCCGCCGCCGCCGGGCCGCGCUACCGCCCGCCGCGCCCCUGGCGCUCGCCCUGCCCGAGGACGCCCGCCCGGGCACCCGCCUGGCCGCCCUGGCCCCCGCGCGCUUCGCCUCCGCGUGGUUCGAGCUGCUGUCGCCGCCCGUCGAGGAGUCGCCGGUGAGAGUGGAGCGAGAGAGCGGCGAGGUGACGCUGCGCGCGGCCCUGGACAGGGAGGCCGUGGCCGCCUGGGAGCUCGUCGUCCGCGUCCAGGAGCGCAGAGGGAAGGACUGGUACUUGGUGCACAUGUCACUCACUGUGACAGAUGUGAAUGACAACGUCCCUGAAUGGGCCAUGGAGCCCUUCCCCUUCCUGGCUGUGGUUUCCCCUGAGGCUGCAGGAGGUACUGAAGUGUACCAGCUGCUCGCUGUGGAUGCGGAUGAAGGGAUCCAUGGAACUGUAGAAUAUUUUCUCUUGGAAGGUGGUGAAGACAGAUUUGAAGUUGAGAAGGACACUGGCUGGAUUAAAACAACAGGUUUGCCAUUGGUGAGGGACAAGGAGUAUUUGCUGACUGUACUAGCAGCAGAUAAACUUGGAAGCAGAGGGUCCCCAGCUUCUGUUUCUGUAAUUGCUGGAUGUCGACCACCACAGUUCACCAACGUGUCGUACUUGGUGUAUGUUCCUGAGAGCACCCCGCAAGGAGAACCCUUUCUUACAGUCACUGCUGUGUCAUAUCAAAAGAAAUCCCUGAGCUACAGUUUGCUCACUAAUCCUGGGGGUCUGUUCAGUAUUGACUGGGCAAGAGGAGAGAUCAGUCUAACUCGGAGUGUGGAUUAUGAGAGUGACCCCCACCAGUACCUGCUUUUGCUCAGGGCAGAGGAGAGCGAGGAGCAGCUCAGCAGUGCUGCUGAGGUUUUGGUUGUAAUCACAGAUGUGAAUGAUUGUGCCCCUGAAUUCCAUCAGUCGAUUUACAGCAAAGUCGGUGUUCCUGAAACAGUUCCUAUGACAACUGCACUUCUCCAAGUGACAGCCACUGACUGUGAUUCAAAGGAGAAUGCCCAGUUGCUGUAUUACACUCUGAGCCAAGACUUCAGCAUUUCUUCUCAAGGCACUAUUUUUCCAGCAACGCGCUUGGACUAUGAGCGCCCUAACCACCUCUAUGAGUUCAUCGUUAUGGCUGUAGAUCAAGGGGAGGAGCCCAGGACUGGGACAGCCACUGUUAGGAUCCAUGUCUCCAAUGUGAAUGAUGAAGCACCUGAGUUUUCUCAGACAAUCUACAGGAGCUUUGUUUCUGAAGAUGCAGGCCCAAACACGCUGAUUGCCACAGUUAAUGCUGUUGAUCCUGAUGGAGAUGGUGUGACAUAUGAUAUUCUGUCUGGGAAUCAGAAAGGGAACUUUGUUAUCGACCCUAAGAAAGGGCUAAUAAGACUUCGUGCAAGCCCAUUUCCUAAGCUGCAGGGGACAGAAUAUCUCCUGAAUGUCACAGCUACUGAUGAUAACGCCUCUGGAGGGCCCCAUCCUCUCUCAAGUACUGCCCAGGUUGUUGUGAAAAUUGAUGAUGUUAACAAUAACAAACCUGUCUUUCAGAAGUGCCAGUAUUAUCGAGAACAUGCUUCUGUCCUGGAAAAUCAGCCUUCAGGCACUGUUGUUCUGCAGGUUGAAGCCACUGAUGCUGAUGAAGGGGCCAAUGGUAUAGUGAAAUAUGGCUUGAUGCACAGAGAUGGUGUCCUACCAGCAUUUAGCAUUCAUCCUGACACAGGAGUUCUGACAACUGUUCAGGUAUUUGAUCGAGAAAAACAGAGGGAAUAUCCCAUCACUGUGACAGCAACAGAUCAGGCAGUGGAGCCACUCAUUGGAAUAUGCCAGAUAAAUGUUGUCAUCCUGGACCAAAAUGACAAUGAUCCCAGAUUUGAAAACACCCACUAUGAAUAUUUCCUCAGAGAGGACACAAGUGUUGGGACCAGCUUCCUGCGAGUUGCAGCCCGUGAUGAUGACUACAGCUCAAAUGCUGCCAUUACAUAUUCCAUAGCAAGUGAUGAACCAAAUUAUUUUCAGAUUAAUCCUACCACAGGCUGGGUGUUUGUGAACCAACCCAUAACUCAGAAGUCAUCUAUAAUUCGAGAGAUUACUGCUACAGAUGGAGGCAACAGGAGUAGUAAAGUUGAACUUGCUGUAACUGUAACGAGUGCAAAAAACCAGCCUCCACAGUGGGAAAGAGACAGCUAUGAAGUUGUUAUUCCAGAAAAUACCACACGGGAUACCUCAAUUUUGACAAUCAAAGCAACUUCUCCCCUUGGAGAUCCCCGUGUCACUUACAACCUGGAAGAGGGGCUUGUCCCAGAGACCAACAUGCCAGUUCGUUUCUACCUGACUCCAAACAGACACGAUGGUUCUGCUUCAAUCCUGGUAGCUGAGCCACUGGAUUAUGAAACAACAAAGAGCUUUCUGCUGCGGGUGCGAGCACAGAACGUGGCUCCAGUUCCUCUGGCAGCAUUCACCACGGUCUAUGUUAACAUCACAGAUGUCAAUGACAAUGUCCCAUUCUUCACUUCAUCCAUUUAUGAAGCUUCAGUAACAGAGGGAGCUGAUGUGGGGGCAUUUGUCACUCAGGUGUCUGCCACUGACCUUGACCUUGGUCAGCAUGGUGAGAUAACUUACUCCCUGUUACAUGACAGUGGCAGAGACUACACCUGUUUUCGCCUGAACCCCCAGACAGGCUCCAUUUACACCACCUCAGUGUUUGACAGAGAGGAGAAGGGCUCCUACCUUCUGGAAGUCAAGUCAGUAGAUGGGUCUGAAUCAGCUCGACCUGGAAAGUAUGGAAAACCAAACUCUGACACAGCCUACGUGCGUGUGUCCGUCAGCGACGUGAACGACAACCAGCCCGUGUUUGCCCAGAGUGUCUACGAGGUGAACGUGGACGAGGACCAGGAUGUGGGAUCCACCAUCCUUACAGUCAGUGCUAACGAUGAGGAUGAAGGAACAAAUGCAAAACUACGGUAUCAGAUCACAGCUGGAAACACAGGAGUGCUGGAUGUAGAUCCAGAAACAGGAGCCAUUUUCAUUGCCCAACCACUGGACUAUGAAGAAACAAAAAUGUAUGAGAUCCACUUAUUGGCCUCUGAUGGGAAAUGGGAGGAUUAUGCAGUUAUCGUCAUCAACGUCAUGAAUAAAAAUGAUGAGGCUCCAGUUUUUUCUAUCAAUGAAUACUAUGGAAGUAUAAUUGAGGAACUGGAUGUAUUACCAGUCUUUGUACUUCAGGUUAUGGCCAGUGAUCCUGAUAGCAUUGUUGAUGGAGGAGAUUUGAGAUAUUCCUUGCAUGGGUAUGGUGCAGGUGAUAUUUUCACAAUAGAUGAGAAAACAGGCAGCAUUUACUCACACAAGAGGCUGGACCGGGAGGAGAGAGCACUGUGGAGAUUCAUUGUGUUGGCUACAGAUGAGGGUGGAGGAGGACUUACAGGGUUUGCUGAUGUGAUCAUCAAUGUGUGGGAUAUAAAUGACAGCGCACCCACGUUCACGUGCAUGCCUGAUGACUGCAAUGGGAAUGUCUUUGAAAACUCUCCUGCAGACACCUUAGUCAUGGAAAUGGCUGCAGUCGAUCGCGAUGAUCCAAAUGUUGGUCUAAAUGCUGUCCUGACGUACAGGAUAACAGGGAAUGUGGAGAACGAGUUUGGUACUGACAUGUUCAGUAUCAAUCCCAAUACUGGAACCAUCCACGUGGCAGGGGGACUGCUAGACAGGGAGAGGACUGAAAGUUAUUUUCUUACUGUUGAAGCAAGAGAUGGAGGAGGGCUAACAGGAACUGGCACUGCCACUGUCUGGGUCGUAGAUGUCAAUGAUAACGUUCCAAAAUUCACAAAGAAGAUGUGGCAGGCAGCAAUUCCUGAGAACAGUGCCGUCAACUCAGAAAUCCUGCAAGUUUGUGCUAUGGAUGCAGAUAUUGGGGAAAAUGCAGACUUAAUGUUCAGUAUCAUCGGGGGAGACCCAGAUGAGAAGUUUUAUAUUGAGAAUGACAAAGAACGGCAGUGUGGCACUGUUCGACUGAAAGAAAAGUUGGAUUUUGAGAAUGCCCAUGAAAGACAGUUUAAUCUUACUAUUACUGUGGAAGAUCUGGAUUUUUCUAGUGUUGCGGUGUGCCUGAUUGAAGUGGAAGACUCAAAUGACCACAGCCCAGCUUUCCUUUCUCAGUUUAUUCAGACUAACCCUGUAUUUGAAGAUGUGCCUGUAGGUACUACAGUAACCACAGUGAGGGCUACAGACAAGGACUCUGAUUUGAAUGGGAGGAUUAUCUAUUCUAUAAAGUCAGAUUCAGAUCCUAUGAGACAGUUUGUGGUUGACCAGUUUGGUCACGUGGUUGUGGCAAAUGCACUUGAUCGUGAAGCCAUUCAAAGCUAUGCUUUAAUUGUACAAGCUGCAGAUCAGGGGACACCUCCCCGCACUGGAAGUGUUACAGUUUUAAUUAACUUGCUUGAUAUUAAUGACAAUGGACCAAGGUUUGAGGCACCAUACAUGCCUAUAGUUUGGGAAAAUGCAUUGAAGCCUGAAAUAGUGCAUAUGAACCAUACAUCAAAGCUGCUUCACGCGUUUGAUCCGGACAGUGAGGAAAAUGGGCCACCCUUUACCUAUUCAUUGCCACCAGAUUAUCAGAAUUCCUUGGAUUUUUCUCUUACUGACAACAGAAAUAACACAGCAACUAUAACGGCUCUGAGGUCCUUUGACAGAGAAAAGCAGAAGGUUUUUCACUUGCCAAUAGUUAUAACAGACAGUGGGAUUCCAUCUAUGAGCUCCACAACCACCCUGACUAUAACAGUUGGUGAUGAGAACGACAACUGCCAUGAGUCUGGCCACAAGGAGGUCUAUGUGUACAGCUACAAAGGAAAAUGGUCAACAACAGUGCUUGGGGAGGUGUUUGCACCAGAUCAGGAUGACUGGGACAAUAAAACAUUUCUCUCUGAAGGAAAACUGCUCAAAUCUUUCAGGUUAAAUCAGAGGACUGGGUCUUUGCUGAUGGUGGAUAACACUCCUCAGGGAAUAUACAACUUAAGAGUUAGAGUUUCUGAUGGAGUUUGUCCUGAUGUUAUAUCUACAGUACAAAUCCAUGUUAGAGACCUGGAAAAUGAAGCCAUACAAAACUCAGCCACUGUGCGUUUCUCAGGUGUCACAGCAGAGGAGUUCAUAAGGAGAGAUGAACACGGCAAAAUGAGACAUGACGAGUUCAAGGAGUUCCUUGCAAAAUUGUUACCUGCAAAGCUGAGUGAUGUGAUUGUCUUCAGUGUGAUGAGCAGGGAUGGAAAUCAGACAGAUGUGAGAUUUGCAGUCCGUGCUGGCUCAGCCUAUUACAGACCUGAGAAACUGCAUGCAGAGAUGGCAGCGUUUAAAACUGAGAUGCAGUCAGCUCUACAACUGCACAUUUCCCAGAUCGACGUUGAUGAGUGCAGGAGUGCCAACUGCAGCGAGGGCUGUGCAAACCAGCUCAGUGUGAGUGACAUCCCCACUGUGAUGGACACAGGGAGCGUGUCCUUCGUGUCCCUCACCACCUCCAGCCACGGGGUCUGCACCUGCUCCGCCCGUGAGCGGCUGCACCAGCCCUGCUCCUCCUACCCUGGGAGCCCCUGCCUCAACGGGGGCGUUUGUGUCGACACUCUCAAUGGCUACAGAUGUCUUUGUCCUGCUUCCUUUCAUGGACCAGACUGCCAGCAGACUAAGCACAGUUUCCAUGGAAAUGGUUAUGCAUGGUUUCGUCCCAUCAGACCUUGUUUUGAAAGCUCACUCUCUCUAGAGUUUAUUACUGUGGUUCCAGAUGGACUUUUACUAUAUAGUGGCCCUUUAUCAAAUCCAGAACCUGGGAAUACAGAAAACUUUAUUGCAAUAGAACUCUCUAGUGGUAUUCCCGUGCUGAAGAUGGGCCAUGGCUCAGGUUCCGUGGUGCUGCAGUUUCCAAGUCAUCUGAAUGUAGCAGACAAGAAGUGGCAUCGACUGGAAGUCAGAACCAAUGGUCAGGGCGUGCGCUUCACUCUGGACCGGUGCAGCGCAGCCGCGGUGUCGGAGACAGAGGGGGUUGGCCGCUGGCUGUCCGCCGGAGACCGCACCAGCUGUGAAGUCCUGGGGUCUGUUCCACGGAGAGCAAGGUAUUUGAAUGUGAACCAUGUUCUCCAGCUGGGUGGUGUAAGAGAGUCGUUACCAUAUUCCUACCCACAAUUGCUACACAAACAUUUUUCUGGCUGCUUGCGCAAUUUCAUCUUGGAUACUCAGGUAUAUGACCUUCAGUCUCCUGCAGAGUCCCUGAACAGCUUCCCUGGCUGUACCCUGACGGAUGGGAGCUGUGAGACCAUGGGAUCUUCCUCCUGUGGUAUCCAUGGGAGGUGCCUUGGGGACUGGGGCUCAUUUGCGUGUCACUGUUUGCCAGGCUACCACGGUUAUCGAUGUGAUAAAGUGGCCAAGGAGUACAGGUUUGAGGCAGGCAGCCACAUCCGCUACCAGCUCCCUGUCAGUGUGUCUGCCCGCAGGACGCAGUUCCAGGCGCUGGUGCGCACGCGGCAGCCCGACAGCGUCAUCACCACCAUGCUGUCCCGGGGCAGGGACGAGCACAUCACCCUGCAGGUUGUUCAGGGACUCUUAGUGGUCUCAUACAAUCUGGGUGAUGGAAACUAUUCUGUAAGCCUUCCCUCCUACCACAUUGAUAAUGGUGAGUGGCAUCACAUCACAUUGGAGAGAAAUGAAAAUGAAUUUACUCUUCGCCUUUAUGAAGGAGGUGGGAAGAGAGAGAUUACUAAAGCAGCAGGAAUAUACAAAGAGAUUGUCAUUGACCCCAGCGUCUUGGUCCUUGGAAACACCUACCCAUUCAAUCAAAACAAGAGUUUUCAAGGAUGUAUGAAGGAUGUCAGAUUUAACAACUACAGAAUCCCUCUGGACACUCAUGGGAAGGAGCUGGUGUCAGUAUUGAGUGCCCAAGGCAUCAAAGAAGGCUGUUCUUCAGAGGCCUGUAGGAAUAACCCUUGCAACCAGGAAUUUAUUUGUAUUGAUUUGUGGAUGAUGCAUGAAUGCAGCUGCCCUGCAGGACACAUGCUGCUGGAGAACGCCUCAGGCCGGCAGUGCGUGCACACGGCGUGCGCCGAGCGGCCCUGCAACUACGGCACCUGCGUGGCCCUGUCCCCCAGCGCCUUCCAGUGCCGCUGCCCCGACGGCUACGCCGGGCGCCGCUGCGAGAUCACCCUGGCCAUCUUCCACAAGGACACGGGCCUGAGCUUCACCUCCCUCUUCGCCAUCUGCGUCUGCUUCCUGGCACUCCUAGCUCUGCUCAGCGCCGGCUUCCUCUGGGCGCACUGGAAGACGCGCAAGGCUCUGCACGGAGGCGUUUACCAUGGAUCUGCCCAUCCUGAGGAUCUGGAGGACAUCAGGGAAAAUAUCCUCAACUACAAUGAAGAAGGGGGUGGGGAGCAAGAUGAAGACGCGUACGACAUGGCAGAGCUGCAGGUGUCGACGCAGGGCAGCCCGGCCCGCCGGGGGCCCUGCUGUCAGCAGGGCGCCGUGAGGGCGCGGCCCGCGCCGCCGGCGGGCGCGGCGCUGGGCCGGGCGCUGCUGAGGGAGGCCGAGAGCCGCUCCCCGGCCCCGCCGCAGGACUCGCUGCGCGUCUUCUGCACCGAGGGCACGGGCUCCAGCGCCGGCAGCCUCAGCUCCCUCAGCUCCGCGGGGCUGGGCGGCGGCAGCGACUGCGACGACAUCCACGAGUGGGGACCCAAGUUCGAGAAGCUGAGGGAGCUGUACUCGCACAGAGAGGCAGGAGACCUGUAG